AUGUCUUCUUCUGACGGGCAGUCCGGCACGGAGGCCAAGGAACCUACUACGCGCCAUCUCGAGACCGAGAAUGAUUUCAGCAAAGUACAGACCCACGAUGGCAACGUCACCAAAGUGGUCCAUGCCGAUGGAACCGUCGACUACAUUGAUACGAAGGCCGUCGGUGGCAACUACGAUGCCAUGCCUGCCGGUUACUUUCGCAGCCCACAGUUCCUCGGAACGCUCAAUGCCUCGCAAGUAUCUGCGCAUACCUGGGAUGGGUACUACCUGCGAACACACUACCUCGGUCCCUCCAAAAACAUCAACUGGGUUGCCACCAUGUGGACCAUGGGCAGUUCGAUUGGUUUCCUUCUCGUCGGUCGACUCUCUGAUCUGUACGGACGCAAGUGGAUGGUACUGGGGACUUCGAUCCUCGGACUCGUCGGCUGCGUUAUCGGCUCAUGUGCUCAGACGGUUGAGACCCUUAUUGCCGCCAAUGUUUGCAACGGCAUCGCGGCGGCCGGGCAGUUGUCGUUUGGCAUCGUCAUGGGAGAGCUUGUGCCGAACAAGUGGAGAGGGCCUAUCGUCACUAUCGUUUUCCUUUCCUCGCUACCAUUUGCUGUCUUUGGCCCCGUCAUUGCUCGGUCCCUCUUCGACAACACCGUCUCAAAGUGGCGAUGGAGCUACUACAUGGGGGACAUCCUUGGCGUACUAUCUUUGGUUCUAUACUGGUUCUUUUACCACCCGCCAUCAUACGAUCAGCUCCAUGUUCACGGGAAGACCAGACUCCAGAUGACCAAGGAUUUGGACUUCGUUGGCAUCUUUCUCUAUGUUUCCGGGUGCGUGUUGUUCCUCAUAGGUCUCUCAUGGGGAGGGUCCGCGUAUCCAUGGGCGAGCGCGGAAGUACUCUGCACUCUUCUUAUUGGCAUCGCCACUCUUGCUGCUUUUGCCAUUUAUGAGGGUUUCUUCUGUAAAGUCCAGCCUUUGAUGCCUCCAAGGAUGUUCAAGAACAUCGGCUUCGUCGCUAUCAUCGCCAUCGCGACGGUCGGGGCGAUGGUCUACUACUCCCUCACCGUUCUUUGGCCUACCAUCAUCGGCAGCAUUUACACCACAGACUCGAUGAAGAUUGGGUGGCAGAGCUCGGUGGUCGGCGGCGGCAUUCUUCUCGGCCAGACUAUCGCAGGAUUUACCAUCUCUUACGUGCCCAAGGUAAAGUGGCAGUGCGUUGUUGCGUCAGCCUUAUCAUUUGCUUUCAUGACUGCGUUAACCACGAUCUCGCCCGAUCGAUGGGCUGCGACGAUCGCUCUGGGGACCCUGGUGUGUACCUGGAUCGGCUUCGUCGACAACAUUUCGUUCCCUGGAAUCACACUGGUCUGGGAAGCUCAAGAUAUCGGGCUCGCAACAGGCGUCAUGGGAUCCAUUCGUGGUCUUGGUGGUGCAGUUGCGCAGGCGUUGUACACGUCUGUUCUAACAAAUGAGCUGAAUAAGAACCUGCCAAAGUAUGUGGUUCCGGCAGCAACGGAGGCAGGUCUUCCGUCGUCGUCAAUCGAAGCUCUCUUCGCAGCCAUCACAGCGGGUGACUUUUCGACUGUUCCGGGCAUCAAUGCGGACAUCAUUUCGGCAGUGGGGAGCGCGCUCAAGACGGCCUACACGAGCUCAUUCAGGAUCGUGUUCUACACAACAAUCCCGUUCUCGGUCAUCCUUCUGCUAAGCUCGUUUCUGGUACCGAACAUGGAAAAGUUCCUCAGCUACGAUGUGGCGAAAAAGCUGCAGAGCAGCGAGAAAUCUGAUGUUCAAGGGAAGACCGAGAAGACAACGACACCGUCUCAGGUCUGA